AUGGCGGCCGUCCCCCGCCACCAGCCGCGCACCGGGCAGUUCACUGCGAUGCCGCCCUCCAAGCGCUUCUGCGACAUGGCGUUGCUUUCAGGUGGCGAGAAGACGGUGGCUGCCAUGUCUCUGCUCUUUGCCAUCCAGGCCUAUCAAAGGCCUCCCUUCCUGGUGUUGGAUGAGAUCGAUGCGCACCUGGAUCACUCCAAUGUGCUGGCUCUGGCCAAGUUUAUCGAUUCCAUUGGUUGUCAGCAGGGGCUCCCAGAUUCUGAGAGACAGAAAGGUGGAGUCUGGAUGUUGUAG